CUCCUUCCUACAAUCAUUUGAUGAGCGGCUGGCGGGCAUGGUCUCCCCCUCCGUCCCGCGGCAUGCCAUUGUCCCUCCCCUACGCCUAGCCAUCAUAGGCUCUGGUCCCUCGGGCUUCUACUCAGCAGCUCGCGUCCUCUCCUCUCUCAAGGCCCGCCAAGAUGUUCUCGUCCACAUGUACGAGCGCCUGCCCGUGCCCAAUGGCCUCGUGAGGUGGGGGGUGGCUCCCGAUCACUUGGAGGUCAAGAACGUCGAGAAUCGAUUCGCAGAGGUGGCCAGCGAUCCACGCUUCUCCUUCUUCGGUAAUGUCAACGUGACAGCGCCCCACUCACCCACAUCAACUGCGUCAUCGUCCUCGACCCCAGCAACUGGCUAUCAAUACCCGCACGCCCUACACAUCCCUCUCUCCGACCUCGCGCAAAAUUACACCCAUCUGCUCCUCUCAUAUGGCUGCUCCCACUCGCGUAUGCUCGGCAUACCAGGCUCAGCGCCAGGCGAGGUGCUCAACGUGCACUCCGCCCUCGAUUUCGUGAACUGGUAUAACGGCCAUCCUGCGGCGCACGAUGAGGAGAUACUGGCCAAGGAGCCUUGGCGGCGAGUCGCUCUCUCCGAAUCUAUGCGAGACAUGAGCAUCAUUGGCGCGGGGAACGUCGCGCUCGAUGUCGCCCGCAUCGUGCUCCGUGCCUCGCACCCCUCCACGCCCGCAGCAAGGGACGAGCUGGCCCACUCUGAUGUGCCAGAGAGCGUGUUGAGCUACCUAUCAUCGAGUCGAAUCAGUCACGUAGACAUAAAUGCUCGACGAGGCCCUGCACAAGCAGCAUUCACGAACAAGGAGCUGCGCGAGAUGCUCGCCCUCCCCGGCGUUGGCUUCGAGGGGGUCGACCCACAACUCAUUGCUCAGGCGGAGAAGGGUGUGGCGGAGCAGGAAGAGGAGCAAAGGCAAAAGGUCAAGGGGGAAGAGCUGAGUGAGGCGGACAAGGAAGAAGCUGCGCAUGCUGCUGGGCAGGCGAGGGUCAAGAAGAGGUUACUGAGCUUGCUUGCCAAGGGGAGCAAGACGAAGCCGGGCGAGGCAGACAAGAGGUGGGGAGUCAACUUCUUUCGAGCACCGGCUGCUUUCCUUGGGUCAGAGGCUGGAACGCCACGACUCGAAAAGAUACAAUGGACGGCCACUGCGCUUGGUCUGAGUGGAGCAGCCACAGCGGCACAAGCUACGGGCGGACCGUCUGGAGCCGUGUGGGGCAACGAGCCGACGUCUGCGCCACAAGAAGGAGGCAGCCAUCAGGGUGCAGCGACCCUCCCCUCCGGCUCGACGUCACCCACCCGCUCCCUGCCCAGCUCGACCUUCGAAACAAGAGCAGAUCUCGUGGUAUCCAGUGUAGGAUACAAGGGUGCUCCCCUCGGCGCAGCGAUGGAGUCGCCCUCCCCCUCUUCCACCACCACCUCCUCCUCAGCUCUCACAAUACCAUGGGACCCAUCACGCGGAAUCGUGCCCAACAACGCCGGGCGCGUCACCGGCCUCAACGGCAAGGUGUACGUCUCCGGCUGGCUGGCGCGCGGCCCGGUAGGCGUGAUUGCCUCAACAAUGCAUGAUGCCUACUCGGUCGCGGAUGCCAUUCUCGAAGACCACAGCAGCGCGACCUCUGCAGCUGGGUUGACAGGCUCGCUGAGCGAGUCGCAAGUCCCCGAAACGAUCCGUACGGCAAGAACACGCGAGGGCAAGCAGAUCGUAGACUGGACAGCGUGGCAGCGAUUGGACGUCGAGGAGAGACGGAGGGGAAAGGAGGCGGGCAAGGAGCGCGAGAAGGUGCUGCAGGUAGAGGAGAUGCUGAGAAUCAUGGACUCGUGAGGAUGAGAUGCUGAGAGGAAUGGACUCAUGAGAACAGUAUGAUUAGAGAGCUGGUGGCGAUGGAGAUGCUAUUACGUAUUUGUAGCAUCACGGACCUGACGUGCGAGAGGGCUGAGACGAUACAACAGCGACAAAAACUGGAAAGGAUAGAACGAUGAGACUGGAUGAGCGGCGUGAAACGAGAGUAGCUCGGAGAGGAUUGUGGACCAGCCGCGCUCCUGUUCGGCUUUGUUGCUUGCGGCGAUGACGUGGUUCCGGGUGCUGGGCUCGCCUUCGUGUAUGCGCGGCGGCGGGCC